AUGCGGCUCGGGGGUGUCACGUGGGACGGCGGCGGGGCCGUCAUGGCGGCGAUGGCGGCGGGGAAGGAGGAGGAGGCGCAGCGGUUGCUGAACGAGGCCGAGCGGAGGCUCCGAGGGGCCCGAUCCUUCCUCGGGGGCCUCUUCGGGGGCUCUUCCCGGUUGGAGGAGGCGAGCGAUUGUUUCACCCGCGCCGCCAACAUGUUCAAAAUGGCCAAAAACUGGAGCCAGGCGGGCGCGGCGUUCUCCCGCGCGGCGCAGCUCCAGCUGCAGCUCCAGAGCAAACACGACGCCGCCGUCAACUUCGUGGACGCCGGGAACGCCUUCAAAAAAUCGGAUCCGCAGGAGGCCGUGAACUGCCUGAUCCGCGCCACCGAGAUCUACACGGACAUGGGCCGUUUCACCAUGGCAGCGCGGCAGCACAUCGCCAUCGCCGAGAUCUACGAGAGCGACCUGCUGGACAUGGAGAAGGCCAUCGCCCAUUACGAGCAGGCGGCCGAUUACUACAAAGGGGAGGAAUCCACCAGCUCAGCCAAUAAGUGCCUGCUGAAGGUGGCGGCGUUCGCGGCGCAGCUCGAGCAGUUCCCGCGCGCCAUCGACAUCUACGAGCAGGUUGGGGCGGUGGCCAUGGACAGUCCCCUGCUCAAGUACGGAGCCAAAGAGCAUUUCCUGCGCGCCGCCCUCUGCCACUGCUGCGUCGACACCCUCAACGCACGGCUGGCCGUGCAGAGAUACGAGGAGAUGUUCCCGGCCUUCUCCGACUCCCGGGAAUGCAAACUGCUCAAGAAGAUCCUGGACGCGCACGAGGAGCAGAACGUCGACGCCUUCACGGACGCCGUGAAGGAAUUUGACUCCAUUUCCCGCCUGGAUCAGUGGCUGACGUCGCUGCUGCUGCGAAUCAAGAGGAGCAUCCCAGGGGAUGAGCAGGAUCUGCGCUGAAAAACCCCCCAAAAAAACCCAAAAUGCCCCAAAAUCCACCCCAAAAUCCACCCAAAAAAAUCCCAAAAUCCACCCAAAAAAUCCCCCCAAAAUACCCCAAAAUCCACCCCAAAAAAACCCCAAAAUACCCCAAAAUCCCCCCAAAAAAAACCCCAAAUUCCCCAAUAUCCACCCAAAAAAUCCCCCCAAAAUACCCCAAAAUCCACCCCAAAAAUACCCCAAAAUACCCCAAAAUCCACCCAAAAAAUCCCCCAAAUCUCCCAAAAUUUCCACCAAAAAAAUUCCAAAAUCCUCCCAAAAAAAUAACAAAAAUGCCCCAAAA